CCCGAGCCGGCUGCCGUCCGCUGUCAGAGUCGGUGACGGAUAGAGACAGCCAGGAGGUGAAGGCGGAAGAGAGGAGCGGUCCAGCUGAAUCUCAGGAUGGAGGAACCAGAUAGAGAAGCAGUAGCAACUGCAGUGCAACGCGUUGCUGGAAUGCUGCAGAGACCAGACCAGUUGGAUAAAGUGGAGCAGUACCGCAGGAGGGAGGCACGAAAAAAAGCAUCGGUGGAGGCCAGAUUGAAGGCGGCUAUCCAGUCUCAGCUUGAUGGUGUGAGGACAGGCUUAAACCAACUUCACAAUGCACUGAAUGAUGUAAAGGACAUACAGCAAUCUCUCGCAGAUGUCAGCAAAGAUUGGAGACAGAGCAUUAAUACCAUUGAGAGCCUGAAGGAUGUCAAGGAUGCAGUUGUUCAGCACAGUCAAUUAGCUGCAGCUGUGGAGAACCUGAAGAACAUUUUCUCAGUGCCAGAAAUCGUUAAGGAGACACAAGAUCUAAUAGAGCAAGGGAAUCUUCUGCAUGCGCACAGAAAGCUCAUGGACCUGGAGUGUUCUCGUGAUGAUCUAAUGUAUGAACAAUUCCGUAUGGACAGCAAGAACACUCAUGAAAGGAAUCUAAUUCAGAACUAUUUUGGGGAAGUGCAGCACUUAUCAGAGGAGUUGGCCAAACAGCUAUGGAUGGUCAUUCAGAGAGCAAUAACCACUGUGCGCAAAGAUCCCACCUUGUUGGUAUCCGUGGUACGCAUCAUAGAGAGAGAGGAAAAGAUUGACCGUCGGAUGAUGGACAGGAAAAAGCAGACCACUUUCAUUCCACCUGGAAGACCCAAGAAGUGGAAAGAGAAAAUGUUUGAUGUUCUUGAGAAAACCAUUGUGACCAGAAUUGAAGGAAGUCAAGCAGACACAAGGGAAUCUGACAAGAUGUGGCUUGUGCGACAUUUGGAAAUUAUCCGCCGAUACAUGCUUGAGGAUCUCAUAAUAGUAAAAAACUUAAUGGUGCAAUGCUAUCCCCCACAUUACAACAUUUUCAACCAGGUAUUAGAUUCGUAUCACCGAGCAUUGUCUUCUCGAAUCCAGGAGUUGGCUUCAGAAGAGCUAGAAGCCAAUGAAAUUGUCAGUCUCCUUACUUGGGUUUUAAACACAUAUCAAAGCUCUGACAUGAUGGGAAACAUUGACCUAGUCCCCGAGGUGGAUGUGAAGUCAGUGAGGCCACUUCUUUCCCAGGAGGUAGUGGACCAGCUGCUCCACAUGUACAUGGCAACUCUCAGAUCCAAUAUUAUAGGAUGGUUAAGGAAGGCGCUGGAAACAGACAAAAAGGACUGGGACAGGAAUACGGAGCCUGAGGCUGACCAGGAUGGGUAUUAUCAGACUACACUGCCAGCUAUUGUUUUCCAGAUGUUUGAGCAGAAUCUUCAGGUAGCUGCACAGAUUAGUGAAGAUUUGAAAAAGAAAGUUUUGCAAUUGUGCCUCCAACAAAUGAAUACGUUUCUGAAUAGGUAUGCAGAGGAAGCCCAGCUAUAUAAGGAGGAACAUCUGAAGAAUCGUCAGCUUCCUGCUUGCUAUGUGCAAUACAUGAUUGCCAUCAUUAACAACUGUCAGACCUUCAAGGAGUCAAUUGUCAGUCUAAAAAGAAAAUACUUAAAGAAUGAUGAAGACAUACAGAUGACCAGUACUGUGACUAUGGAUUCAACACUAAACAACAUAGCCAAUGAUGGUUGCAACAGUCUACUAGAUGAAGUGUUCAUUGACUUGGAGCAACACCUCAAUGACCUGCUGACCAGGAAAUGGCUUGGAGGAUCAAAUUCUGUUGAUACAAUUUGUGUCACUAUAGAAGAUUAUUUUAAUGACUUUGCCAAAAUUAAAACACAUUACAAACAGGAAAUGACCAUAAAAGCUCACAGAAAAGUAGUGACUGAAUAUAUAAAAGCAAUAAUGCAGAAGCGCAUUGCCUUUAGAAACGCAGAUGAGAGAAAGGAUGGAGCAGAAAGAAUGAUCAGGGAAGCAGAACAGUUCAAGUUUCUGUUUAAGCGUCUUGCCUCUGGAUUUAGUGAAGAGACUGACGGACUCUGUAAUACGAUCAUAGACAUUGCAGAAGUUAUAAAGCUGACAGACCCUUCACUCCUUUAUCUAGAGGUCUCUACUUUAGUCAGCAGAUAUCCAGAUCUCAGAGAUGACCAUAUAGCGGCCCUUCUUGCUGUUCGAGGUGAUGCCAGCAGGGAGAUGAAGCAAAUGAUUAUAGAAACUGUGGAACAAAGUCAGCGGCAUCAAAGCCCAAACUACACCCCAAUAUUCAAAGACAUAAUUGUACCGAGCACUGCCAUGAGUGUACAAAAACUUCUGAAGUAGUGCUGUGUCCUAUACCACGUUGCACUGGCAUUGACUCGCUGAGUCAUCUGGCGUAUUAGGAUCACCUUACAUGCUUGCUUCAUUCAGCCUGUGAUUGGAAGGACAUUGAUUUGUAUGUUUUGAACAUUAUGUGAACUCUUAUGCGCAAAUGGUGAGGGAUCCAUAUCCAUGGUUUUGAAUUAUAAUUAUUGUUAUACAGUGUAUGCAGUGUGAAAUAAUUCUUUCAUGGACUUUCCUUUGGGUACUACUAAAUUGAUUAGUUAUUGUAAUACUAGUUAAACAAAAAAUCAUACUUUUUUCUUUUUUUAGUUUAACUACUAUGGAUAAAAAACAGAUACUCUGGUAGAGGGCAUUGUUGCCCUGAUGGGUGGUAGUAAAAUAACACUCCAAGCAUCAUUACCACCACAGUCUGCUGCACUGGUUUUGGUGUCAGGAGUGACCUGGAGCUCCCUCCUAUUCCAAGUAAUCAAAAUAGUUUAGAAUGGUUUGACUUCUUACCUGGGUUCACUGGAGACCACUCCCUGCCUGCAGUACUUCACACAGAGAGCCAGAACAUGAGGGCGGUCAGCUGGCAAUCGUAGACAGUAAGUAAGGGUUUAGCACAGGAGAGCUAACAGAAACUCCUGUUUAUGAGACUUUUACUCUCCGACUGAAGUAGUGGAAGUGGGGAGUGGCAGCCAGUGUCAUUCAGGUAAGAACUGUUAAAAAAUAAAAUAAAUAAAUGUGUGAGUUCCAACAAUGGGGGUGGCGCCAGGGCACUCAUAGAACCAUAUCAAAUACAGUACACUGAUGUAGUGGUUAUGGUACUGGGUGUGUUCCUUUAACCCCUUAAUGACACAACUUCUGGAAUAAAAGGGAAUCAUGACGGAAUAUAUCCGUCGUCUGUCCUUAAGGGGUUAAGGUUGGUAGAAACAAUAUAUAAUAUGUUCUGCUGUAAUAUUUUGUGAUAUACACAGUUUUAAAAGUAAAGGCUAUAGAAAGCGGCCAAAUCGGAAGAGGUUCUUAUUAUAUAAUAACUUUGCUUAUUAUAUGCUGUAGGAACAUUAAGAUUAGUUGGAUCCUUUAGAUCAGUAGUGGGCAACUUUAAACUGUACUUCUUCUCCUAUGAUGUUCAGUUCGCAGAAAAGGUUGUCCCACACUGACUUUGGAUCUUGUUUGUUCAGUACCAUCCACGUAAUGUGACAUAAAGCAUAACUGAUAGCAGUAGGCAUUUUCUACCUAAAAAAAUAAA